UAAGUACAGCUCCAGGGUUCCAACACCCCUCUCUGGCCUCCUCAGGCACCUGCUUGCACAUGGUACACAUAUAGACAAGCAGGCACACACAUAUGAAUAAAAAAAACGUAAAUAAAAAGGAAUGGACUAUUCAGAAGAUCCAUUAUAAAGCAAGAGAAAAUGUUUUUGUUGGAGAGGUUGAUUGGGAGCAGUGAGCUCUUUUUAGGUGCCUGGAGCUUUAUUUCUAAGCUUCCUAACCCCAGGAGUGAAGAAUCCAGUCUCUGCUCUGGAGUACACAGUGAAAGCAGCAGGCCUGGCACACCCAGUACUCAAUGGUCCCAGGAGGAAUGACUGAAGUCAGAUUAGUUUUAGGGCAGGUUGGACGUAGCUAUCCCAAGGGAUAAUGAGGUCAAUGUUCAGCUUAAAUAUAGAGCCUUGCAAUGCCAAAGGAUGUCCUAGUCAUUAAAGCUUUGCUGGCCUAUGUUCAAUCUUUCCUGGGGGAAGUCAAAAAGCUAUUGGUUGGGAGAAUUGAAAAGACUACACCAAAAAGGAAACGAUUGUAUUUUUCAGAGCUUGAAUUUCCCUGGAAAUCAAGCCGGAGACUGGGGUCUCCAUAACCCUUCUGAAUAGUGGAGGGUUACAGAGGACAGGGAGGGAGCAGAGAAGAGGAUGUGCCUCUAAACCCACGUAACUAGGCAUUAGGAGGAGUGAGAGGGCAGGUCUGGAAAGCCCAUCAGCCAGAGGGAAAUCUUCCCAGCCUGUGGUUGAAGGUAGGCGUGCACUGGUGCCUGUGGUCUCCAGGGGGCGCCUGUGCACAACCAUGAACAAGCUUCGUGGUCCAGGCAGGAGGAGGGCUGGACUGAGGACAAGCAGAGGUGGCUUCCUCUGGUGAGAGGAAUAAAAGCAAGGUCAGUGCUGUGGUGAGUGCUGGAGAAGAGUUACCUUGUGACUUAUGACCUGUGACCGGCACCAAAGUUGCCCGCAAAUUCAUAGCCCAGAGUUCCCAAAUGGAUGUAAUUUUCUGCCUCACAGUUUUUGUCUAGAAGUUGGGCUUCAUUUGUGUUGCCUGCUUGUGAAACACUGUGGCGUUCUAGUGAGUCCCUGGAGGUAUUGCAUUUAAGCCACUGGAUGAAUGGAUGACAGACAGUUAGGAAACAACAAUGUUAAAGGGCCAUCAACACUUUUCUGAGGAGCUGUAUGGGAAGAGACUAAACUGUAAAAUGAGCAUCUAGUGCUGUUUCUCUUUUAAGGACUCUGCUAGGCAGAGGGAGACUGGCCUACAAAUUAGUAAUGGAUCCCCAGAAAGGCUAAAUACAGAGGCUGUGAGAAGAAAGGGAGUCUAGGAGUAUCAGCUACCAGUGCAGAUCCAGCCAAGAGAUGUCUUAUGAUGGGAGAAGGUGGGUGUCGGGCCUCAGUUAUAGGAGCUGUGUCCUUUGUUUUCUGGAAUCUAGCUUUGCUCACUGACCCAUGAGGAAGUAGUGACACUAACAGCACAUGUUCGUUUUUUAGGCAGGAGGGGACAUUGUAUGUGAUGGCAGAAGCCUGGUGUCAUGCCCCAGAGUUCCCAGAGCUCUGAUUUUCUAGUUGGAGGAAUUUUUGCAGCAUAGAAAAGAGGGGCAAGAGGAGUAGAUCAUGUGCUCAGCAUGAGCACAGUGUGCAGUCUGAUCGCAUCACUUAAUAAUGGAGAGAGUUAGCUCAGGCUUCCCUAAGGUUGUGUAGAAGAUAUAAGGACCAUAAGACCACCCAAGAAGGAUCACUAAGGAACAGAGGUCUGGGAGACUCGGGCUAAAGCCUAGCCGGCACUACCUACAGUUCUCUGAGCUGACAGCAAAUCUUGGGUGGAACUGAGGCAGGCUUUGGAAGAGGUCUCAGAGAGUGAUGAGAAAAGCAGGUACUGGAAGUGGCAGGUGAUGUCCAGGAAUGAGAAGGACGUGGAACCGAAACAUUGGGGAGAGAAACAGGACCAACAGAGAAAGGGCAGUGACAAGCAAAUGUGACCCCCUAGAGUUCAGUACAUACCUGUCCUAAAGAUACCCCCAUUAAUAAUGUCCACUUGCUUCAGAAGAGGGGGAAUUCUCAGAAAUGGAAUGAUACGAGCCAAAGCAGGUCAGGAGGUGAACACAGAACAACAGGGCUGGGAUGGCAGAGUGCUUGCCUGGUGUGUGGGAAACCCCGGAUUGCUUAAGAAACAGAACUAACAGAAAGCAAUCAGUAAGUAGCUGGAAAAAAUAAUUCCAAUUUUAGUGGGUGGCAUAUAGGGAACGAGAGGCCCAGAGGUCAGAAAAGCUGGUCUAGAAAACAUGUAUGGAGAAGGGAACACUGAAGCCAAAAUCUGUUGUAAAGGUUGUGCAAUCCUAGUUACAAUUCACUGUGUUCUGUGAUAGGUAAAUAAAGCGUUUCCCCACUAAGUUGGAAUCAUCGAGAGAAAUUAUAGGUAAAAGACGCCUCUUUGGGCCCUGUUACUGUCAGGCCUCCCCUCAGAAGCUUUUCACAACUUUUUUUUUUUUCCUGGUAGGGGUUGAAUUAGGGACAGGGUAUGGAUUAUUUGGCAAUAGUGUGAGACAAUAUCUCCAAACCAGUAGUCCAGAGAUAAAGCUGUAAAAGUUUGGGGUACCCCCAGGAGAGGCUCCCAUGACUGAUGCUUGGAAAAGAUUCUCUUGAAUAUUUCUGAGGAAGCGCAUUUGUGUGUGCAGGGUUAUAAGCAGUAGUCUGUUUAGUUGCCGUAGGCCUUAGUUGAGUUGGACUUGAUACUCAGUACACAGAAAAGGUUCAUCUCCCACCCCUGCUUCUUUCCUCUCCCAUUGUAGAGAUAAACUCAGCCUCAGAAAGGUAACCGUCCAUCCUGUCCUGAUUUAUGAGCACCUAUACCUGUUGUCAGUAUGUAAGAGAGUCACAGAGGAUAUGAGCUAGUCAUGGCUGAAAAUUUGCUGAAGGGGGUGGGGGCUACUGCUGGGAAGAGAGUCUUGGAUUCGGAUUUCUUUUUAGACUUUGACCUUAUUUGCUGUGGUGUCAUCUGCCAAUAUUGUCACAGUCUUGGAAGUCCAGUCUUUCUCAAUAAGGUUGGAAAUGGGGGUGGUGCUGAACUAUAUAAGCUCAGCCUCAUGCCCAGUGCUGUCCCGUGGCCUUUCCAGCUCAGCAUGGCUAGGACAGUGGUAGCACCAGUGACCCUGGUGGUGCUGGGCCUGUGCUGGUCCCUGGCUGUUGCCAACCCUCUUCCUUCUGCCCAUGGGAAUGUUGCUGAAGCUGAAAGUGGGAGCAAGCCAGACUCAGAUGUAAUCGAGCGCUGCUCAGAUGGCUGGAGCUUUGAUGCUGCCACCCUGGAUCACAAUGGGACCAUGCUGUUCUUUAAAGGGGAGUUCGUGUGGAGGGGUCAUGCAGGGAUCCGGGAAUUAAUCUCAGAGAGGUGGAAGAAUUCCACCAUCUCAGUGGAUGCUGCAUUCCGCCGUGGUCCCGACAGUGUCUUCCUGAUCAAGGGAGACAAAGUCUGGGUAUACCCUCCUGAAAAGAAGGAAAAUGGAUAUCCAAAAUUGCUCCAAGAAGAAUUUCCUGGAAUCCCAUACCCACUGGAUGCAGCUGUAGAAUGCCACCAUGGAGAAUGCCAGAGUGAAGGCAUAAUCUUCUUCCAAGGCAACCGCAAGUGGUUCUGGGACUUUGCUACAAGAACCAAAAAGGAACGUUCCUGGCCGGCUGUUGGGAAUUGCACCUCAGCCUUGAGGUGGCUUGAACGUUACUACUGCUUCCAGGGUAACCAGUUCCUGCGCUUCAACCCAGUCACAGGAGAGGUGCCUCCCAGAUACCCUCUGGAUGCCCGUGACUACUUCAUGUCCUGCCCUGGCAGAGGCCAUGGUAGACACAGAAAUGUAACUGGUCACGGGAAUAGCACCCAUCCUAUGCAUUCACGCUGUAGCCCAGAUCCCGGCUUGACUGCAUUAAUGUCCGACCACCGUGGUGCCACCUACGCCUUCACUGGCUCCCACUACUGGCGUCUGGACACCAGCCGUGAUGGGUGGCACAGCUGGCCCAUCGCUCAUCAUUGGCCCCAGGGUCCUUCAACAGUAGAUGCUGCCUUUUCCUGGGAUGAUAAAGUCUAUCUGAUCCAGGGCACUCAAGUAUAUGUCUUCCUGACAAAGGGAGGCAAUACCCUAGUAAGUGGUUAUCCAAAGCGGCUGGAGAAGGAAAUCGGGAGCCCUCCCGGGAUCAGCCUGGAGACUGUGGAUUCGACCUUUACCUGUCCAGGUUCUUCCAGGCUCUAUGUCACAGCAGGACGGCGGCUCUGGUGGCUGGACCUGAAGUCAGGAGCUCAGGCGACAUGGACAGAGCUUUCUUGGCCCCAUGAGAAAAUUGAUGGGGCCCUGUGUUUGGAAAAGUCCCUUGGCCCCAACUCAUGUUCGUCCAACGGUCCCAGCUUGUACCUUAUCCAUGGGCCCAAUUUGUACUGCUACAGCAGUAUAGACAAACUGAAUGCCGCCAAGAUGGUUCCUCAGCCCCAGCAAGUAAACGGCCUCCUUGGCUGCCGUCAGUAAGAAACCCUGAUGGGUAUUCACCCAGCCCAGCCCAGCCACCUCUCCUAAUAAAACCA